AUCCUUCGAGAUCUUCUCCGCCCCCGCGACCGGCGCCUCCUGUGUGGCGGCUGAGCCGGUUGCCGGAGCCGGCCUGAAACCGUGCCUCAGGGUCGCGGCGUUCCUUCCAAGGACUUCAGGCGGCUCGCGUGUGGGCAACCCGCGGGUUUCUCCAUUAGCUCCGGCCUUCUCAGCCCACGCGGCCCGUCCUCCGCGCGCCAGUCAGCCCCGCCGGGGUCCGUGUCCCGUCUUCAGCGGCCGGACCCGGGCCUGAGCCCGAGUAAUACCCGGCGCCAUGUCGGUGGUGGGCAUAGACCUGGGUUUCCAGAGUUGCUACGUUGCCGUGGCCCGUGCCGGAGGCAUCGAGACGAUUGCUAAUGAAUAUAGCGACCGCUGCACGCCGGCUUGCAUUUCUUUUGGUCCUAAGAAUCGGUCUAUUGGAGCAGCAGCUAAGAGCCAGGUAAUUUCCAAUGCAAAGAACACAGUCCAAGGAUUUAAAAGAUUCCAUGGGCGAGCAUUCUCUGAUCCGUUUGUGGAGGCAGAAAAAUCAAACCUUGCAUAUGAUAUUGUGCAAUUGUCUACUGGAUUAACUGGUAUAAAGGUGACUUAUAUGGAAGAAGAGCGGAGUUUUACCACUGAGCAAGUGACUGCCAUGCUUUUGUCCAAACUGAAGGAGACAGCAGAAAGUGUUCUUAAGAAGCCUGUUGUGGAUUGUGUUGUUUCAGUUCCUUGUUUCUAUACUGAUGCAGAAAGACGAUCAGUGAUGGAUGCAACACAGAUUGCUGGUCUCAAUUGUCUGCGGUUAAUGAAUGAAACUACUGCAGUUGCUCUCGCAUAUGGAAUCUAUAAGCAAGAUCUUCCUGCCUUGGAAGAGAAACCAAGAAAUGUAGUUUUUGUAGACAUGGGACAUUCUGCUUACCAAGUUUCCAUAUGUGCGUUUAAUAGAGGAAAGCUGAAAGUGUUGGCCACAGCAUUUGACACAACACUGGGAGGCAGAAAAUUUGAUGAGGUGCUAGUAAAUCAUUUCUGUGAAGAAUUUGGGAAGAAGUAUAAGCUCGAUAUAAAGUCUAAAAUCCGUGCAUUAUUACGACUGUCUCAAGAGUGUGAGAAACUCAAGAAACUGAUGAGUGCAAAUGCUUCUGACCUCCCUUUAAGCAUUGAAUGUUUUAUGAAUGAUGUUGAUGUAUCUGGAACGAUGAAUAGAGGCAAAUUUCUGGAGAUGUGUGAUGAUCUCUUAGCGCGAGUGGAGCCACCACUUCGCAGUGUCUUAGAACAAUCCAAGUUAAGGAAAGAAGAUAUUUAUGCAGUAGAGAUUGUUGGUGGUGCCACACGAAUCCCCGCGGUGAAAGAGAAGAUCAGCAAAUUUUUUGGUAAAGAGCUUAGUACAACAUUAAAUGCUGACGAAGCUGUCACUCGUGGCUGUGCAUUGCAGUGUGCAAUCUUAUCGCCUGCUUUCAAAGUCAGAGAAUUUUCUAUCACUGAUGUGGUAGCAUAUCCAAUAUCACUGAGAUGGAAUUCUCCAGCUGAAGAAGGAUCAAGUGAUUGUGAAGUCUUCCCCAAAAAUCAUGCUGCUCCUUUCUCUAAAGUCCUCACAUUUUAUAGAAAGGAACCUUUCACUCUCGAGGCAUAUUAUAGCUCUCCUCAGGAUUUGCCCUAUCCAGAUCCUGCUAUAGCUCAGUUUUCAGUGCAGAAAGUCACUCCUCAGUCUGAUGGCUCCAGUUCAAAAGUGAAAGUCAAGGUCCGAGUAAAUGUCCAUGGCAUUUUCAGUGUGUCCAGUGCAUCCCUAGUGGAGGUGCACAAGUCUGAGGAAAAUGAGGAACCCAUGGAAACUGAUCAAAAUGCAAAGGAGGAAGAGAAGAUGCAAGUGGACCAAGAGGAGCCACAUGUGGAAGAACAACAGCAGCAGACACCAGCAGAAAAUAAGGCAGAGUCUGAAGAAAUGGAGACUUCUCAAGCUGGAUCAAAAGACAAAAAGACGGACCAACCACCUCAAGCCAAGAAGGCAAAAGUGAAGACCAGUACUGUGGACCUGCCAAUUGAGAAUCAGCUAUUAUGGCAGAUAGACCGAGAGAUGCUCAACUUGUACAUUGAGAAUGAGGGAAAGAUGAUCAUGCAGGACAAACUGGAGAAGGAGCGUAAUGAUGCUAAGAACGCCGUAGAAGAGUAUGUGUAUGAAAUGAGAGACAAGCUUAGUGGUGAAUACGAGAAGUUUGUGAGUGAAGAUGAUCGUAACAGUUUUACCUUGAAAUUAGAAGAUACUGAAAAUUGGUUGUAUGAAGAUGGAGAAGACCAGCCAAAGCAAGUUUAUGUAGAUAAAUUGACAGAGUUAAAAAAUUUAGGCCAACCCAUUAAGACACGGUUCCAGGAAUCUGAAGAAAGACCAAAAUUAUUUGAAGAACUAGGCAAACAGAUCCAACAGUAUAUGAAAAUAAUCAGCUCUUUCAAAAACAAGGAGGACCAGUAUGACCAUUUGGAUGCUGCUGACGUAGCGAAGGUAGAGAAAAGCACUAAUGAGGCAAUGGAGUGGAUGAACACCAGGCUGAAUCUACAAAACAAGCAGAGUCUGACUGUGGAUCCUGUUGUGAAGACAAAGGAGAUUGAAGCUAAAAUUAAGGAGCUGACAAGUAUUUGUAGUCCUAUAGUUUCAAAACCCAAACCCAAAGUGGAGCCUCCAAAAGAGGAGCAGAAAAGUGCUGAACAGAAUGGACCAGUGGACGGCCAAGGAGACAACCCAGGCCCGCGGGCCGCCGAGCAGGGUGCAGACUCGGCCGUGCCUUCCGACACAGACAAGAAGCUUCCCGAGAUGGACAUUGAUUGAUUGAUUCCAACACUUGUUUAUAUUAAAACAGACUAUUAUAAAGCU